CUUCGUUGUGUGACAAUGUGUUUUAACCUUGAGCUAUGCAACUGCCAGUUAAUUGUGUAAUAACAAGCUGCUUUGUAACAUACAAUGGCCGGAGUAAAGACAAUGCAGUAUCACAGCGCUGCAGCCCUAUGAUACGGAAAGUAACGAAAGGUGAGGGGGAAAUGAAAGCUGCCAGGUUCAAGAAGAAGGCGAAGGAUUUACUCCUGUGUUCAGCUAGAGGUAAACGCCUACUUCACCUGCUGGAGGAGGCCCCCCGCAACCCGACCAUGAGAGGUCUCCCAAAGGUAUACAAGCCAGGCGUACCGAUGAGACCGAUCACAUCUGGUAUUGGCAGCGCUCGCCAUCGAUUGGCUAAAUGUUUGGCUAAACCCUUGUCCGGCACUAAGGAGGUCAUUAGUGAUUCCCACUUGAAGAAUUCCGGGGACUUCAUCAGACGUCUUCAGAGUUCAGGGUGCUAAAAAUAAAAAGCUGGCUAGUUCUGACGUAAAAUCCCAAUUCACUAAUGUACCCACAGACGGAGCAAUCCAAGCAGUCGAGAGGGUCACCUGCUCCGUGACAGAUGCUAAGCUUCCGCUGCCGAAACACCGCUAGUGAAGUUAUCCGUGGACUUCGGCUACUUGAGUUUGCAGGGGAAGAAUAUCAGCAGAUUAGUGGUCUUGCCAUGGCUUUCCCCCUGAGCGCAGUCAUGGCCUGCCUCUUCAUGGAGACGCUGGAGAGGGAUAACUACAAGGAUAUAAUCGGCAGAUAUUCUACUUGGCUUCGUUACGUAGAUGAUGUCCUCGUCAUUGUCCCCAGAAGGUCGUGCUUACACCAUAUACUGAAGCGGCUUAACUUCGUCCAGGAGAAAAUCCAGUUCACCGUAAAGGAAGAACUGGAACAGAAAUUACCUGAUAGUCUGAUCCAUCAAGAUGACGAUGGCCUAUGUUUCUCUAUAUACAGAAAGCCUACAAAUAAAGAUGAUUAUAUCCAUUACUACUCCGUCCACAACAAUAAAACAAAAUCUGGUGUUGUAAUUGGCUUCUUCCCCAGAGCACUGAGGAUCUGCAACCCUGAAUUUCUUGAGGAUGAGGUUACCUGUAUAAUUAAUUAUUUCAUCAAACAUAAAAAUCACAGAGGUUUCCUGCUAAAUCACAGAAAGAAGGCAGAUAACAUGCGAGGUCAGACUCUACACGUGAAAAUCUCCAGUUCAUCCAGAGAAAAGAUACAUGGCAUAUUACAAGAGAGAAAGCAGCCCGAAAACAUUCCCUACGGUCCUGCAUAUCGCAUACCCUGAAGCAGAUGCGAUAAAGCAUACCUUGGUGACAAGGGCCGCGGUUUCAACACCAGGAUCAGCGAACAUCGAGCUCACGUCCAUCACCACUUGACUUCCAACGUCAUGGUGGUACAUGUAGUUGAAGCUGGACAUCUACAGAACUGGAAGGAAACAGAAGAAAUCCUUGGAGGAUUGAACAUACAAAAAAAGAAAAGUUAUAGAAGCUCCAUGCAUC